UCCCCGAUGUCACUGAUGGAUAAAGCCCAGGAAUGGUAGUGGAGCGCCGAUAAGAGCUGAGGGUAGAUGAAUAUGGCUCUCUCCAGAGGUUUGAGAUGCUGUCAAAGGGUUUUCUCCUGGAUACCUGUUCUUAUUAUAACCGCCGUUGUGCUGUGGUCCUACUACGCCUACGUCUUUGAGCUAUGUCUUUUUACACUAAAAAAUCCACUGGAAAAAGUGGCCUAUCUGCUAGUAUUUCAUGUUUGCUUUGUGAUGUUCUCCUGGACCUACUGGAAGUCUAUAUUCACUCCUCCCGCAACACCUUGCAAAAAGUUUCAGCUGUCAUAUUCAGACAAGCAAAGAUACGAGAUGGAGGAGAGACCAGAUGCUCAGAAGCAAAUCCUGGUUGAGAUUGCAAAGAAGCUUCCUAUUUUCACUCGAGCUCAAUCUGGAGCUAUCAGGUUCUGCGACCGCUGCCAGGUACUGAAGCCUGACCGCUGUCACCACUGCUCGGUUUGUGAAACGUGUGUCUUGAAGAUGGACCAUCACUGUCCCUGGGUGAACAACUGUGUUGGUUUCUCCAACUACAAAUUUUUCCUUCUUUUCCUCUCCUACUCUAUGCUGUACUGCGUGUUCAUUGCAGCAACCGUCUUUAAGUAUUUCCUCAAAUUCUGGGUGGGGGAACUGCCAAAUGGGCCUGCAAAGUUCCAUGUCCUCUUCCUCAUGUUUGUGGCGCUCAUGUUCUUUGUCAGUCUCAUGUUCCUCUUUGGCUACCAUUGCUGGUUGGUGGCCAAGAACAGAUCUACUUUAGAGGCCUUCUCAGCUCCAGUGUUUGUUGGUGGACCAGACAGGAAUGGCUUCAAUGUUGGCAUACGCAAAAACCUGCAGCAGGUAUUUGGGGAGGAGAGGAGACUGUGGUUCAUCCCUGUGUUCACGAGCCAAGGGAACGGUCACUACUUCCCUUUGAAGAAUCGGAGUUCUGAAUCCCAGAACCCCUUAUUAGCUAAUGAGGACAUGUGGGAUGAGUCAGAUGACGGGUCUGAAGAAGGAAGCUUGGUUGAGGACCAAGACCCCUCUGUUACCAUAGAGAUGGAGGAAUAAUUUACACUGGUCCAGGGGACAAUUAGGACUUAUAUCACACACACAGAUACACACACACACACUGUGCACCAUGAGGUAAAUGCAUUCCAAAUCAUGUGGAUGUUCGGACACGCUGAAGUGGGCGAAAUGGGUGGAUUGAAACCUGCAUUUGGAUUGUCAUUGCCAAUUUAACCCUGGUGUUUUACAUAACGAUGAAAAAUGGAACUCAUUGAAUGACCAGCGGCAGCGUCAUCUCUCCUCUCGCAGACGGAUAAACAGCAUCAGUUUUAUUUGGAAGAAAACACUGUCAGAUAUUACCUCACAUAUAAAAAGCUACUGUUACUUACUGUGGUCGUAUAUUUGCCUGAAGUUGUUGAUCACGCUGAAGGCACUGGCCUUUGUGGGAUUGUCACUAAUGUUGCUUUUGGGAGGCUUCUGUCUGGCACUGUGCUAUUUUAUAUGCUGGGUGAGGGUGAGUUCACAGUGUUGCACCUCAGAGUUCGGUCCGUACAGAGUAUCUAAAGGCGCCAGAAGUCUCUCAUAGUUUUUAAAAGCUGGUAGAUUAAAUUAUUUGGUAACAAAGGUGUCCGGCCUCUACUGGUUGGAUUUUUGCAGCCUAUAAACACAAGAUUUAACUUUUUUUUUCCUUUUCAGUAAACAUAAGAAAACCUGACUUGACCUGCGCCUUAUUAUUAUACAUAUUCCUUUGUUUUGGGAGUCAGUUUCUCCUGAGAAUGUAUCCUUCUGCUCAUCAUUCUGCCUGUGAGUACACUGUGCCAAUAUUUUGGGCACUUAUUUAUGAAAGAACCUGUCAUAUUAUGCUUUUAUAGAGUAUUUUAGCAUCCUUGUAGCAGUUGGAAUGCCAUUAAUAAUGUCUGAGCAGACAAAACUGGCAUUCAUACAUAGAGCUCGUUACAUUUUAAAUCUGAGAUUAUGGCAAACUUAAUAAAAUGUGUAUUAUUUUCAGUGGAUUCAUAUCCUAAAUAUACUGUAUAUCAUGACUGUUGGCUAUAUGGCUAAUUUAAAAAAAAAUGCAGUGAUCCGUUUUUUGUUUUUUUUUUUUUAAGGGGUGAGCGUAUGAGACAUAGUGUGAUGAGAUCUUUUUAAAAUAGCUAUCACGAUCUUGUUUUCUGUAAUAUCAGCAAGUGUGGAUGCAGGGUAAUAAAGUGAGAAAAGCUUUUGUCAUAGGCACAUUAUCAUGCAUAGGAGAGGACAUAGGUUCUUCUAUGUCUCUUUCCAUUUUUGAUCUUUUUAAACAUCGAGAUGACUGUACAUAUAUAAAACUGAUCCUCAUCCACCGGUUGGUAAAGGACAGUGAUCUUCUGCAAUAUGACGUUCCGAGUCUUUUUUUUUUUUUUGUACCUGUGUUUACGUAUUUUUAAAUUUAUAAAACCAAUGUAAUGAAUUCUCCUUAUCAAGACUGUUUAACUUGCGUAUUUAGCCAGUGUACUUAGCUGAAACCUAAUUUUCCUAUUGAGUACACCCAUUUAUUAGUAUGAGUAAAAAGUUGGGCCUUUGUCAAACGUUAAUGCCGUUUGAUCUUGACACUUUAACUUGCUUCAUCAGAUCUGUUUUUCCAUGUUGGGUUAGCCAAAUUGAAUGCUGCUCAUGUCUGAGAGAUACUUCUGUUCAUUUAUUGAUGAAAUCUGUACGUUUUAUCCGAGAUAUGAUUUGGUGUUUGAAAGCAUGUAGAAAAGCAUUAGGAAAGACGUGGGUGUUGGGUGUUUCAUGUAGUCUUGUCUGUAUUUAUUGUUCUAUUGUCCAGCUUUAAUCCUCUGUAUUGAGUUUGAUUCUUCCCUGCUGCAGGCAGUGUCUGUAUAUUUUGCUCCAUAAAGUGACACUUAAGAAACUAUCGAAGCAAUGUGCUUUUAUCAAAUCGUAGGAUAUUUAUAGCAUGAAAAGAUGACAAAUUACACCCAGCUGGCAGACAGGAGUUCAAUACUGCUAGAGCACAUAUGGUCCCUUUUGAACUGUAUUUGGAGUAUGUGAUUGUGGUGCUUCCCUUUUCAUAACCUCAGAACUACCAAAAACACUGAUCCAGUUUCUUUUGCUGUUCUGUCUGUAAACAAAUAUAAAUUCUUUAUUGAUCCUUCAGUUGUUGUAACAUGCAAAAUAAAAUGAUCCAAGUUGAACUCUU